AUGAGCAAGCGACCGAACAAGGCCCAAGCCAGCAGCGCCCGGGCUGCAUCGAGCGCAUUCGGUGCGUUCGGUUCAUCGACGCCCGCCUUCAGCACCAGCUCGUCACAGCUCUCCCACGUAACAGAGCCACCCGACCUCUCGACCAUAUCCGACGCAAAUGUUGUCGUGUACUUUAAAAACCUGUCCAAGAAGGACAGCACGACUAAAGCUCGCGCGUUGGAAGACUUGCAGGCACAUGUCGCGAAGUCGGAAGAGCCAGUAGAGGACGGGCUGUUGGAAGCAUGGGUCAAAAUGUAUCCUCGUGCUUCAAUAGACAACGGUCGCUUCGUAAGGAGCAGUGCGCACGCUCUGCAAGGCCAGCUGGCUGCCGCGGCUGGCAAGAGGUUCGCAAAGCACAUGCCUAAAUCCGUCGGCGCGUGGCUAUGCGGCCUGUAUGAUAGCGACCGCUCCGUGGUGGACGCGACGCAGAGCGCGCUGCGCCAGGUCUUCAGCACACCAGAGAAGAUACAGAAUAUCCGUCGCGCUUACCAGCAACCCAUACUGGAGUACUGCCGCGAUGCAAUCGAUCGGGAGACGCCGCAGACUCUCAGCGACGAGCGGACUGUUAGCCCAGAUGAUGCGGAAGCCAAGUUUAGCAGAGUUAUUUCUGCGUGCAUCUCGCUGCUUGGCAGCCUACUGGCAAACUUGAAGCCGGAAGAAAUCUCGAAACACCAAGCAGACUACGACGGUCUCCUUGGCGACAAAAAGUUGUGGGAGUUUGCGUCGCACAGUGACGCCUCGGUACGGCGAGCAAUUCACCGAUUGCUGAGGACGUGCUUGGAAAAGCAACCAGAAGCAGUGAAGAGCCAUUUGCGGUCAAUCAGCAAGGCCUACCUCGCGACCGGGCUCGAUUCCGACCAGACUGGUUCCUCAGUAGACUACGUUGACACUCUAGCGUUGCUCACUGCUGCCUACCCCACUGUAUGGACAGACGACUACAGUAGCAAGACGUCAGUGGACCGGAGACUGCGACAAUUUCUGAAGAAGGGCUCACAAGCUGGUCCACAGCAGUAUUGGGUUCGAGCGGCCACUCUGCUCGAGGCUGUACCAAAAGACGCCCUGCCUUCAAACGCCGCCGAUGCCAUCAAACUUCUGAGCGCCAUGCACGAUGGCAUCUCGAGGAGGGAAGAAUCGAGGAUCAACCUAGAAGCUGCCUAUGGCGCCUACCUUGGACUUGCCCGGUCGCUUUGCGCAGAUCUAUCUAGUGAGGAUCAGACCAAGGUACUGGAAGACAUGCUGCUGCCCAUAAUAGCGCAGCAUCUACGUCCUUCUCCGGAGACUAGCGACUGGAGCGUACCACCCAGCGCAUUCCAUAUUGUAGCCAAAGCCACGGAUGUUGGCUGUAUGCCGACGAUCCUGGAGACCACGUGGCCGAACUACACCGAGCAGCUCAUCAGCGAUAUAAAGGUCUCAGCUCCGGAGCAAUCCAAAGAUUAUGAAAAAUCCCAAAGUGCUCUGAUACAAAAGGGCACGCGACUUGCUGCACUCCAGAAGCAAGUGCUGGACGGGCAAAACAGCACAAAGUUGCGUGCACUUUUCCAACGCUGCUGCACUUCCAUCAUCCGGGAAGCAUUGACUGUUGUUUCUAACCGAAACGGAAAACCGUAUGGAGCAGCAGGUGUUGCAGCCGAGCUUCUACACCGCGACCGUGAAAUGGUGCUUGCUGAUAAAGAGACUGCUGAUGAUCUCGAGAAAUUCAUUGGUUCGGAACUGCCAAGGCUGAUUCUUACACCAUCUUCGUCACAUCUGGUGGACAUUCUUUACUCCUUGUCUGAGUCCAAAUUGUUCGGGCAGGCUUGGGCAGCGACACUCAAGGCUAUCCUCGAAGGGCCUGAUUCACCCACGAGGACCAAGGCCCUGGAAUCGCUUUUGACCUCACGUAAAGUACCCAAGUCAUUCGACCUCGCGCUGGGCGACUCGUCUCUACAGGGCUAUAUCAAGUCAAGUGUCCGUGAUGCACUGGCCGGAUCUACUGAGUGGGACGCGUUCCAUCGCAUCCUUCAGUCCCCUGCUAAAAUCCUAGCACAGGAGACCACUGACGAGAUAUUGUCGUACAUGACCCAAUCACUUUCGAUAUCACAAGAGGCUCCAUACGCACUACAGGGUCUCCGACAGAUUGUUAGGCAGAACCCUUUGUUACUAAAGGAUUUUCUCUCUACCCAACAGGGCUCAGGUCUGCUGCAAAGCCUGCUGUUGGCAUCCGAGUCGGGCGAUGAGGUCAUCUCUCGAGAUGCUGCUGCUGUCAAUGCAUCCAUACAGACGGUGCUUACUGCUGGAUCGGACACGAAACAGUCAGUGUAUGGACUCCUCCAACAAGGACUCAAAGAAGCGACGCAGACAUCCGUGUCAGUGGAGACUUUGGUCGAACUCGCCAAGCAACUCGUGAAACCCAUAAGCUCUUGGGAGGACAUUGCAGGAGCCUUCCCUAGCACUGAAGACUGGUAUGCAGCACUAUCACCAUUCCUAGAUACCGCACCGAAGACAUCAUUGGCGAUAGCCAAUCCCCUCGGCGGUCUGGUGUACCUGGUGCAACAGGCCCAAAGCAAACCUGCAACAAAGAUUUCCCGAGAUGCUGAUGGAUACUCUGCCGCCUAUCGUAUCACGCAGUACGUCACACGACUCUUCAAAGAUGCAAACGUCUUUCCCAUUGAGAAGGUGCCCUCGGACAUCAGGGAUGGCUUUCUGCACAACAUUGCGCUUACGAUCCAGCUGGCCGAUGACAAUCUUGGUCUAGCUGGUGCCAACGGACUCUGGGCCGAUUACAACCCGGAUGUGGAGGCUGAUGCUAUCGCGUUCAUGGCUGAUGCCCAGCGUUUCGUGGACCAGGAGCUCAAAAACAUGAAAGCGAACCGAGGAUCUGAGUCCAAUGACUUUCUGCUCGAUUGGGCUUUGUCACUCCUGUCCAAAAUUGAGCCCGGAGCGUCUCCCAGGUCUUACUACUUAGCACGCACUUAUAGCGUUUUAAUCUCGGAUGCUCUGGAAAUUUAUGGCUGGCGUAAUUCGGAAAGCGCGAGGCUUCAAGACACACUGAAGACAAUUCGAAGAAGAAAGGAAAUAUUCCCGCUUAUCGGCUUGCUCAACUCUUUCAAGGAGCAAUUCGCGGCCUCAAAGUCGUGUGAGAGAAUGUGCAACGAGCUUGUGGCGGAUCUCACAGGUCUGGACAUCGAACAGAAUCCAGACGAAGGCCUCCAGCAGCUUGUACUGCUCAACAUACUCUUGAACGGUCAAGAAGAAAUUGCACACAGCAUCGCAAAGCAACGCUUGAUAUUCUACGUCAAGCAUGUAAUACCGUGGUUGUCGAACAGUAGUGAUGCUUUCCCUCUUCGCGCCGAAGUCUGCCGUGCGCUUACAGUGUUGUUGCCGCUCAUGAGCGAUCUCUAUGGCGAGCACUGGGGCGAAAUACUCAACACCCUAGGCGACAGCUGGGCAGUCACUUCUGAACUUCAGGAGACCGAGUCUGGAAUGAACAGCCCGAUACCCUUUAUGCACGCAUCUCUCAAGCUGUAUGCUCAGCUGCGUAAAUUAACACAGACCGAAGACCCGAACGACGAUCUCGUCGAUGUUUGGAAGGAGACCGAACAAAAUAUCGCGAACGGCCUCGUUAACCUUCUCAAGCACUCCCACCACUUCCCUGACGAGUUCCACCAACCCUUGAAGAUGGUCAAUGACGUCCUGGCUCGUCAAAUCGCAAAGGUGCCCCUUCAGCACCUGGAGUCGACAGAGGAUCUCUUCCCUCUCUUGUACGUAGAAUCGCAGCCUGUACAGCAGACCGCUUUCAACAUCCUCCACAAGCAAAUUCCCGCAGCGCAGGAACAGAUUUCGAUCGACUCCGCCCUCGAGAAGACUACAGCCCGCCUGCCGGAAGAGCUGCUCUCUCUGAUCCUGGAAGCACCCACCGUAGCUGCACUCGCCGACGCCAACUUCGAACGCAGCAUCCCGCUGCCCCUGCGCGGCUACCUCUUCUCGUGGCUCCUCGUCUUCGACCACCUCGCCCACGCAUCGUUCAAGGUUAAGAACGACUAUGUCGACCACAUCAAGACGGGUGCGUAUCUACCUGGCCUGCUCGACUUCGCCUUCGACUUCCUCGGCCACGCACACAACAAACCCGUCGACAUCUCCCGCCUCGACCCCACCACCUACGAGCCCGACGUCGAGCUCCCGCGCCGCGACGCUCACUGGCUACUCACCCACAUCUACUACCUGUGCCUCCUGCAUCUCCCCUCUCUCACAAAAUCCUGGUACAUCGAUUGCAAGUCGCGUCCCAUCGUCGUGACCCUCGAGCCCUGGACCGAAAAGCACAUCUCACCACCUGUGAUAACCUCGGCGCUGUCCUCAGUCCAAUCCUGGGCCGACACGCUCCCAUCGGACGAGCCUUUCGCUGUGAAAAUCGCACCCCGCGCCCAUGAAAUAACAACUACAUACGCCAUCGACGACGCCACCAUGGCGAUGCGGCUCACCCUCCCGCCCUCCUUCCCUCUCGCCCCCGCGCGCAUCGAAGGCCUCUCCCGCGUUGCCGUCAACGAGCAGAAGUGGCAGUCCUGGCUGCGCACGUCACUCGGCGCAAUCACGAUUUUCAACGGCUCCAUCAUCGAUGCGCUUACCACUUUCAAGCGGAAUGUGGAGGGCGCGAUGAAGGGGCAGACUGAGUGCGCGAUUUGUUAUUCCGUUGUUGGGAGCGAUAAGAGACUGCCGGACAAGCGGUGCAGCACGUGUAGGAAUUUGUUUCAUGGAGGAUGUUUGUUUAAGUGGUUUAAGAGUAGUGGGAGCAGUAGUUGUCCGCUUUGUAGGAAUCCGUUUAAUUACGGGUAGGUGGAUGGGAUGGAAGACAGGCAGAGGGGUUUUUGUGUGUAGUAUGGGAUUUACCGACGUAGGAGAUUAGUGAUGAAGUC